CAGCCACCAACAACAAUCAGAAUCCCAUAUCCAAAACUUUCAUUACAGACAGACAUGGCCACUGAUCUGUACAUGUACCUCUCUCUUUUAUUGGCACUCUACAUCUUCACCAGGCACAUCCUCCACAAAAUUCAAAAACUACCACCCAGCCCCUUCCCUACCCUACCCAUUCUAGGCCAUCUCUACCUCAUCAGAAAACCCCUCCAUAGAACCUUAUCAAAAAUCUCAGCUCGUGAUGGUUCCAUACUUUUCCUCCAACUGGGUUCACGCCGGGUUCUUCUGGUCUCCUCUCCGUCGGCCGCCGAGGAAUGCUUCAUAAAAAACGACAUCGUCUUUGCCAACCGCCCUCACUUGCUCGCCGGAAAAUAUCUCGGCUACAACUACACCACCCUGGCUUGGGCCCCCUACGGCGACCACUGGCGAAACCUCCGCCGAAUUGCCUCGCUAGAAAUUCUCUCCUCCCAUCGGCUCCAAAUGCUCCAUAGCAUACGUGUGGAUGAGGUCAAGUACAUGAUACGAAGGCUAUUUCUGGCUUCCGAAGCUCAACAGACGGUGGAUAUGAAAAGGGUGUUCUUUGAUUUGAUGUUGAAUGUGAUGAUGAGAAUGAUAGCUGGGAAAAGGUAUUAUGGUGAGAAGGCGGAGGAAGUGGAGGAGGCGGGGAGGUUUUGGGAGAUAGUGGUGGAGACAUUUAGGGUGGGUGGUGCAUCGAAUAUGGGGGACUUCUUGCCGGCGUUGAGGUGGGUGGGAGGGGGUGGUUUGGAGAAAAAAUUGAAGGCGUUGCAAGAGAGGAGAGAUGGGUUCAUGCAGGAAUUGAUUGAAGAAUGUAGAACAAAAAUGGAGAGAAGUAGCGGUGGUGGCGAUGAUUCGGAGUUGGGAGGGAGGAAGAAGACGAUGAUUGAAGUUUUAUUGUCGCUGCAAGCAACGCAACCUGAAUAUUACACUGAUGAGGUUAUCAGAGGCAUCAUGCUGAAUCUAUUAGCAGCAGGGACUGAUACUUCAGUUGGAACAAUGGAGUGGGCACUGUCUCUUUUGCUGAACCAUCCACAAGUUCUAAAAAAGGCACAAGCCGAAAUUGACAAUCACAUGGGGCAAGACAGUUUGAUGGAUGAAUCCAACAUAGCUGACCUCCCUUACCUCCGCUGUAUCAUCAAUGAGACAUUACGGAUAUACCCACCAGGCCCGCUACUGGUACCUCAUGAAUCAUCAGAGGAGUGCAUUGUAGGAGGCUAUCGCAUUCCCAAAGGAACCAUGCUACUUGUGAAUCAAUGGGCUAUACAAAAUGAUCCUAAGAUCUGGGAGGACCCUAUAGAGUUCAAACCAGAAAGGUUUGAAGGCCUUGAAGGUGCAAGAGAUGGAUUCAAGCUGAUGCCUUUUGGCUCAGGGAGGAGGGGAUGCCCCGGUGAGGGCUUGGCCAUGCGUAUGAUUGGAUUGGCGUUGGGUUCACUUAUUCAAUGCUUUGAUUGGGAGAAUGUAACCGAAGAAAUGGUUGACAUGACUGAAGGAACUGGACUGACCAUGCCCAAGGCUAAUCCUUUGAUAGCCAAAUGCAUUUCUCGUAUGUCCAUGUUCAGCCUAGUUUCUCAGAUUUGAAGCAAUUUGGUUGUCUAUGUUGGAAUGCUCAUUCCGAUAUUAGUGAGGUUUGUUAAAGCCAGGCAUUGAUGUAUCUAAUUGUUCUGGAUUUGUAUAUCAACUGAGGGCACCUUUGUUUGGGAGUUUUAGUAGUAUUAUAGAGUGAGAUAUUAAGAAAUAGUACUUGGAUCCACUUAUUAUCUUAUUUGUUUGGGAUUUUAUGUGCAAUAUUAUUUUUCGGAUCGUAAUAUCGACCCGGUUUGUAUAAUAGUCUUUAACCCUUAUACAUGACUUUUAUGAAUACCACCUAUCAGAUGGUAUUAUUUGUUGGUAUAAAUUUACCAACAAUACAAGCACAAAAAUGACACAAAUA